AUGGCAGCCUCCAUUGGAAAACAUGCGUCCAAAAUAAAAGUGAGCUCUACUUUGAAUCGUGAUGUAAAACAAUUUGGUAAAAAGUAUAUGUUUGAUGAUGAUGAGGAAACGUGUUGGAAUUCAGACCAGGGCUCACCGCAGUGGGUAGUCAUGGAAUUUCCCCAUCAAAUCAGACUCCAAGAGCUGAUGAUACAAUUUCAAGGAGGAUUUGUGGGAAAAGAAUGUUGGAUAGAAGGUUGCCAUGAUGAUGAAACAAUGACAAAAAUUCUAGAUUUUUAUCCAGAAGAUGUGAAUUCAUUGCAAUCUUUUCAUUUACCCACAGAUCAGCUGUUUACAAAAGUCAAAAUUAUAUUUAACAGCAGUACAGAUUUUUAUGGAAGAAUCACUAUUUAUAAAUUGGACUUAAUUGGAACUCAAAUUACUUGA